GAGGGUGGGACCUUUGCCAUAUGAUUUGGUGAGAAAUGCCAAAAUGGCAUCCUCAAUCACCCCUCACCCCAUAUGCUCGGUUCAAUCAUCCAAGGAAGGGAGAGAAACUCUGAAAAUACUCCAUUUCCUCAUCCUUUCACGCACCAAGAACAAAGGAGGAAGAAGGAGGGGAAAAGAGAAAAGAAAAGUUGGUUUUGGAGAGGAAAACUUGUGUUUAGCAAGUAACUUGUCUAAGGUAUUCAAGGAACUUUCACGGAGUUGAAAAGGUUGCCGGAGUUGUCGCCGGAGUUCGUUGAAGUUCGCCGGAGUUUCGUCGGAGCUAAAUCGGGAAGGCUAGAACUUCAUAAGCUUCAUUAAGGUUGAGGCUAGAGUCCUACUACCUGCACCUUUGCCUAGGGUGAUUGAUCGAGAAGGAAGACGUGGUUCGUGCUUCCAUUCUUAUUUCAAAUGUAUAAACUGCUCAUGGAUUUUUGAACAAUAUUUUCAUUAAAACAGUUGGGGGCCUGCGUGCCCGUGUUUGCCACGUGUGGCUAAGUAUCAAACAUUUUAUUAUUCCGCAUUUUUUUGAUUAUGAUAUUGAUGUUGAUUGUAUGUGUUUACUAAUCGGCUUGGCAAUAGAAUCAAUCGGACGCCUUGUACAAUCCAAAAGGGAUGAACUGUUGUUGUUCCUAUCGGGUUGUACGGCGGUUGUCUACGUGGCUCGGAUGCGGUCCGGGGCGUGACAGGAAGGCUCAGGGAGGAGAAAGCCAAAGGUGAGGAGGGUGCCGCGGAGGCCGCAAAGAAAGCCGCCGAGGAGGCCGAGGCCGUCAGAGCGGAGGCUAUUGUCACAGCUCGAGAGGAAGCCAUCUCCGGGUUUCUGGACGAGGGGUGGAAGGCCGAGGGACACAAGAAGUGGCUGUCCUCGGUUGUGGAGGCCUCUGUUGAUGAAUGGUGCGAGGGCCCGGGUGAGGAAUGGAUGGCCCCAAAGGGCAAGGAAUAUUAUGAUGGGGGCGAGUUUUUUACUCAGACCCUCAUCUACCGAAGGAUGGCCCGGCACCUGAAUAUUGAGCCGAAAGAUUUCGAUCCCUCGGCAUAUGGUCUUCCUCCCUUACUACCGGAUGUUCGUGAACCCCUCCCCUCAGGCGUUAAGUGGCCCGACCUGGAGGAUUCUGAGUUGAUGAAGGAAGUAGAGGGUGACAUCGUGGAGGCCGGAGUAGAGGUCUCUUCGAAGCCUGCUGUAGAGGAUGCUUCCGGGGGCAAUGCUGCUGAAGUUCCUGAGGAGACUUGUACUUAGAUAAUUUUCGUACAAUUUGUACCCGAACAUUCACAUGCUUUCGGCUUCGGCCUUUGUAACAAUUACACUUGGUAUUUUUGUUUUUGAUGAAUGUAUGAAUGUAUGUUUGCCCUCGGG